AUGGCAGGAUCGUUUGCUAAGAAGGCGUCCACGCCAUCCAAGGGCCCCGCGUCAGCGACCAAAUCGUCUUCAGCGAAAGGAAACAGAAGUAUUUUGAAUUUCUUUCAGAAGACAGACGCACCAGCUGGGGCCACCUCCCGCCAGCCACGCAUUACGCAAUUCGUUGGAUCGUCAAGAUCGCCGAUUACUGGGCGUAGUACCCCGAAAUUGCAGCAUGGAAAUAGUUUGAAGAGUGAUACAUCCGAGGGCCUGUUUUUGGAGGACAAGAAGGGAUUGGCAAAGGUCGAACGGGAACGGACGGCCGUGACGAUCGACUUGACUGAGAGGGCCCGAUCACGGACACCGGAAGACAUCUGGGGUGAAAGCGAGGAUUUCUUGGACCCGGAGGGCUCUCGAUACAGUGAGAAUGGCCAGUCCGUUAAGCGUCGAAAGGUGGAGUCACCGGAUGCUUCAAAUGACGAUGAAGAAGCAAACGAUCCGCCAAUGCCAGUCAAACCCGCCCCGGCCAAAAAAUCCAACAGUGGACCAUUUAUCGAUGAAUCAGACAGCGAAGAUGACAUGGAAGCAUACCGGGAACAAGAAGAGACCUCGCAUACGAUUGACACGACUAAUACCGACCAACGCCCCUCACUUGACGACGAAUCGAGUACAAAACCUCUUGCCGCUCAGCGCCCGCUGGCACCACUGGUAAGAGACGCCACGAAUGAUGCCAAUGAUGAUGAACUCGCGAAUUUUGACGAUAUUGAAGACGGCGAUGAGCUUGUAGGGGAGGAGUUUCGAGAUGGACCAUGGGACGACCAAGAAGAUGAAGAAGGACAAAACACCGACUUUGGCAUGAUGCCUAACGGCCUCAAUGAUUCAACUUAUUUCGAUGCCGAGCCCGAGGGAGUCAGCACUUGCCCAAUAUGUCAGAGAGCGCUGGCAGGCUUCAGCGAGACGGAACUCUCGGUACACGUCAACGAUUGUCUGGACGGCAAGUCCUCGGAUUCGCCUGCGACUAGUACGAUCGACUCGGUACCGAUAGUACCGGCAUCAGACACUAAGAAAGAAGAGACUUCGGGUAAAGGUUUGACACGCUUUGAACGGGCUGCCAUCGCUCGACCUCCGCAGGGCGACCCAUACUCCAAAAAUACCCCCGGCACGCGAUCCGCUUUCUCCAAGAUGAUGGCUGGAAACGCCGAAGAUACAGCCUGGGCAGCUGCCGCCGCAAACGAAGUUUCCUCUCGCGGGAAGCAGGCCUACCAGCGGACUUGUCCGUUCUACAAGAUCAUGCCGGGUUUCUCGAUCUGCGUGGAUGCCUUUCGCUACGGGGCGGUUGAGGGAUGCAAUGCCUAUUUCCUCAGCCACUUCCACAGUGAUCAUUAUAUUGGACUGACCAAAUCCUGGUGUCAUGGUCCCAUUUAUUGUAGUCGGCCAACGGGUAACCUGGUCCGACAGCAACUUCGCGUGGACCCUAAAUGGAUCGUGGAUAUUGAUUUCGAGACGACGACCGAGGUGCCGGACACGGGGAAGAGCUUUGGUAGUGGUCCCAAAGCUCGACGGCAGCGCAUUCUUCAUUGUGGUGAUUUCCGAGCAUCCCCAACUCAUGUGCAACAUCCUCUCCUACGACCUGACCCUAUCAACCCGGUCACUGGCCAGCCGCGACAACAACGAAUUGAUACGUGCUAUCUCGAUACGACCUAUCUCAAUCCCAAGUACGCCUUCCCCAGUCAGGAGGAUGUGAUCACGGCCUGCUCAGAGCUCUGCGUCCGACUCAACGAGGAAUCUGGCGUGGGGAGUGAGCUGGGAAAAACGAAUGGUGGUAGUCUCAUGAACAAGUUUUUCUCCUCUAUAACCAAAAGCGAUUCAGCCUCGGAGCAGUCAUCUUCGAAUGGAGGUCGACUAUUAGUGGUCAUUGGCACGUACAGUAUCGGUAAAGAGCGAAUUUGCAUGGGCAUCGCGCGAGCACUGGGAUCAAAGAUAUUCGCGAACCCUCAAAAACAGCGCAUCUGUGCCUGUUUAGAGGACCCCGAGCUAUCGGCCCUGCUCACGACCGAUCCCUGGGAGGCACAAGUCCAUAUGCAAACACUGUUUGAGAUCCGGGCCGAUACUCUGGCCGAUUAUCUGGACACCUUGAAACCCCAUUUCUCCCGAGUGGUUGGCUUCCGACCCACUGGCUGGUCGUACCGACCACCUGCCGGACGCAUGCUGGAUAAUCCCCCAGUGCCGACAGUGCUGCGUGGCGAACACUGGAGGACUCCGUUUACGGCGCAACAUUUGAUCCCACAGCGCGGAAGCACGCGGGAGAGUGCCUGUUUCGGAGUGCCCUAUAGUGAGCAUAGCUCGUUUCGCGAGUUGACGAUGUUUUGCUGUGCGCUGCGGAUUGGCCGGGUCAUUCCCACGGUGAAUGUUGGAAGUCAGAAGAGUCGGGAUCAGAUGAAGGCGUGGAUUGAGCGGUGGGAGGGUGAGAAGAAGCGGAAUGGGCUGUUUCCUGCGGCAGAGUGGUAG